CUGCCCUUGGCUGGCCUAGAGCUCUCCCCGAGUUGAGCUAGGCAGCUGGCAGUGCAGCUGGCAGUCUCUGGGACGGAUGGGGCUGGGAGUGGCAGGAGACCAGGCUUUGGCAGGAUCAGGUUAGGGCAGGUUUGGUUUCCUUAAAAUACAAUGUUGGGGGCCAGUGGGGCUGGCAUAUAAGUCCCCACUCUGGGCACCUGGCCCUUGGUUUUCCUUCCAGGGUGUCUCUCUGCUAUCAGGUCUGCCCUGCAGCCCCAGAUCUAAGAUGUCCAGUCCUCUGGAGUAGGCGCUGGCUGUGAUGGUCACCACCUUCCACAAAUACUCUGGCCAAGAGGGUGACAAGUUCAAGCUGAGUAAGGGGGAGAUGAAGAAACUUGUGCACAAGGAGCUGCCCAGCUUUGUGGGGAAGAAGGUGGAUGAGGAGGGCCUGAAGAGGAUGACCGGUGAUCUGGAUAAGAACAGGAACCAGGAGGUGGACUUCCAGGAGUACGCUCUCUCCCUGGCCCUCGUCACUAUCAUGUGCAACGACUUCUUCCAGGGCUCCCCAGCCCGGUCCUGAUGUACAGCUCGUGGUUUCCCACCGUGGGUCUCUUGGGCCCAGGAGGACUCUCUGCCUUUUUUAGUUUUAUACUCAGUAAACAUUUUUUGCUUGUUGACAAAAAAUUUUAAUUGCUUUUAAUUUAAAAGCAAUAUUUUAAUUGCUCAGUGAUGCCCUGUCACCUGGCUUGGCUCAGUUAAAGACUCAAAGCUUCUUUUGUUUUGAACUGUCUCUAUCCCUUUCAGUCCAAGAUGAUAUAAUGCCUUUAAAAAUGUUGUGGGCUUCCU